CUGGCUCACGUACUCCUAGUUUAAAUCUGGCAUCAUUUUUUCGUGUGUUGUUCAUCCACCUGUUGAUUGCAUCACAGACCUUUCGGCCGAACAAAAAGUGUUUAGUGUUGGUGUAUGUAUGAGUGUGUGUGAAGCAGAAGAAAGACACAAGUUGCGAAAAGAAUGGCCGACAUGAGUCCAAUGGCUGAAGAUUUGGACACGAAUCACAACGACAACAAUCACAGUCCGGCUGGAUCUGCUGGUUCUGUUGGAUCUGGCGGCUCAACCGGUGCGGGCAUUCCUAUGCUGGUCGUCCACAAACGCGAAAUGGUUCAGAUUCUGGAAGACCACCAUCACCAGCAAGAGAACAAUCACCACCAGCACGGAAGCCAUAUGGAAGCAGACGAUGACGGUCAACCGAUCGACGACCAAGACACUGACGGCGACGCUCUAUCACCUCAGAAACGGCCGCUCAACAACAACAACAACGACGUAGCCACAGUCUUCCUCAUCGACACGUCUGAAGUCGGUCCCGGUCAUGACGACGCCGAUCAAGCUGUCGAAGUCGACGAGCCGCCCUAUUUCCCGCCGCCGUUCCCGCCACAGCAGCAAGUCGGCGUCGAGUUCCACCCAUCGUCCGGCUCGGUCCAAUUGGGCAAUUCGUCGGGCAACAACGACCCGUACUCCAGCCUCAACACGAUCCAUCAGAGCCACUAUUCGACGCAUAGCCAAAUCCAGCGCACUCAUGAAGUCCUCAGACGCGCCGAACAUGAAGCCCUCGAUUGCGUUUUUGUGUCGCAGACGGGCAAUGUUCACUUUUCUUACGACCCGUCGGGAGGCCGCGGAGGCAACAGUGGACGAGGCGAAGGAAACCAGUACAACGUUGUCCGACGGCCCGAUGUGCUCGUUCAGGCCAGUCAUCACGUGCUGGAUUCAGGCGAAACGAUCGUCAUUCCAGGCAAUCUAGCCUCCACACCGCUUUCAUCUCAUCACAAUAUCGACGAUGGACAGACUCCCAGCGUCGAGAGCGAUUCGAAUUUCAUUUCCACCGACCAGAUGUCCAUCGUCAAAAAAGAAUUCGAUGUGUUGCUGUCUGGCCCAGUUUCCCCGACGGACGUAUUCUGCUCGGUGCCCGGUCGGCUGUCUCUCCUUUCGUCCACGUCCAAGUACAAGGUGACGGUCGGCGAAGUCCAGCGACGCCUCUCACCGCCCGAAUGCCUCAACGCCUCCCUUCUCGGCGGAGUCCUUCGCAGAGCCAAAUCGAAGAACGGUGGACGUGAGUUGCGCGAGAGUCUGGAGCGGAUAGGACUGAGUCUGCCGGCGGGGCGUCGGAAGGCGGCCAACAUCACUCUACUCAGCUCCUUAGUCGAAGGCGAGGCAAUUCACCUGGCCCGCGAUUUCGGCUACGUCUGCGAGACAGAGUUCCCAUCGCGACAAGUGGCCGAGUACCUGUGCCGCCAGCACACGGACCCUAGUGACCAGUACCGACGAAAAGAACUCAUUCUCUCCACCAAGCAAAUCACCAAAGAGCUGAUGGACUUGCUCAACCAGGAUCGAUCUCCGCUAUGCAACACGCGGCCGCAGAUCAUCUUGGAGCCAAACAUUCAGCGCCAUUUGACGCACUUUUCGCUCAUCACCCACGGAUUCGGCAGCCCGGCCAUUGUCGCCGCCCUCACCGCCAUUCAGAACUUCUUGAACGAGUCUUUGAAAUAUCUCGACAAGAUGUACCCGACGUCGGUGACAUCAAUGUCCGACGUGAAAUCUAAAGACAUGGACAAACAGAAAUGAAGUAAAGCCGGAAAGGCGCCCGGGCGUUGGCAGUAGUAAUUAGCUAAUCAACAACGAGGAUUUUUGAAUCGUUAAUGAAGAAGAAGAAGAAAAAUAAGCCAAGAUGUGUGUUAAUUUUUUUUUUUCCUUGUUGUUGUUGUUGGGUGUUGUUUUUUUUUUUUCUUUCCCCUUUUUCUUCUGUGAACAUAAUAAGAAGAGGAAUGAUUAUCAAUGGUGAUGAAGAGAUGAAGCAUGAAAUCACUGCUGCAAACAUGUAAACGCCGCAGCCAAGCCAGCCUAGCCAGCAAAACUUCAAAAAACACACAAAAAAAAAAAAUGUUUAAAUAAAAAAAAAUGAUACUUCCUCUCGGUGUGCUCAACCAGCCAAAAAGAAAAAAAAGACAACAACAGCAACAAAUGAAGAUUAUAAGAAUUAAAAAAAAAAAAUAAUUAAUAAUAAUGUGGAAAAAAAAAAAAAAAAUGUUGAACUCUUUUGAAACGACAACGGUACCGAAGGUGAUGUCGCACGAAGAAAAAAAGAGAUACCACGGAAGGCAGCAGUGAUUUGAUUUGUUUGUUUGUUAAGCUCUUAAUAUUUUUUUUUUUUUUUUGUCUUGUUCCUUUUCUUUCCCUCAAAAGCUGGAGAGUGAGAGCAAAAGAAGUGUUGCAUUCAUUCUGUUUAAUUUUCUUUUCUUUUUUUUUUUGUCUCCAUCGUGUCUCUUUUGCGUGCCGAAAUUCCAUCACAUUCUGACAAAAAAUUGCAAAAACACACAAAACAUUCCCAACCUAUCAUACUCCCGCCCUCCGUUCAUUUUCUACCUUUCCUCUCUCUCUAUCUCUCUUGUACUUCUCAUGUAUGCGUGCGAGCGUGCGUGUGUGUGUGUGUGUGUGUGUAGAUUGGUGUCUAAAAAUCGACCCCACCCUGAAAAUUUACCUUCUCGAGAAGAGUAUCGAUGAACACAGAGCUCGUUGUGUAUUUUGUUUAAUCAUGACACGAGCGGCCAGCGUUUUGUUUUCUAUUUCUCUUGAUCGAUUUUGUAUUGCGUGCGUUGUGUACAUGCUGUUGGUAUUUUUGUUUUUGUCAUCAUUCCCUCCCCCAUUUUUUUUCCCCUCUUUCUCGCAAUCUCAAAGACCCACCAUGUCCAUUUCCUCGCCCUUUUCUCUCUCAUUUUUUUUUUUUUUUAAAUGGUUUUCCUUUUUGCUCGUUAUUCCAGAAAUGAGAAGAGGCUCCCGUCGUUCGUUCAAAUCGAAAAGAAAUGCAAAUUUAUUUGAACAUUUCGAAUUGGAUGAUGACACCUCCGUCUCACAUCACUCCCACAUUUUUCCUUCUAGGUUUUUUUUUUUCUCCCCAAAAUACUCGGGCAUCUCUCUCCCCCUCCUUUGUGUGUAUGUGUGUUAGAUCUGAUCUAUUUACUUACAAUAAUUCCGUAAUAUCUUUUUUUUUUUUUUAAGGACUGGCACUCGCUUUUUUUGGUAUCUGUCUGUUCGUCUCUCUCACCUGAAGCUUGAUAGCUUUUUAUUGGCAAAAUGCCCUCGUCCCAGCGACUAGAGUUUAAAAAAAAAAAAAAAAAACGAACGUGAAAGAUGAACGAUGACACGCUUGUUAUGCUGUGCUUUUUGCACGGUAUAUCUUGGCGCGAUUCGUUUCUAUUCGUUCCCUUUUUUUUUUUUUUUUUUUUUUUUGCCCCCGUUGUUCUUACUCGACCAUUUUCCAGCGACGCCCCGAUUUUCACGAAGCGUGUCGCAAUGGAACGAGAAAGAAAUGUAUAUCUAUACCAAGUAUAGAACUUAAUAAAAAAUAAUGGGAGACGACAGCAGAGCGAGAAAAAGUGCGGCGUGUCUGAUGCAACUUGAUUUUUUUUUUGUGCUUUGUGUUUCAUCCAAUAUAUAUAAUAGUAAGUGAAACACACACAUACACACUUAAAAAAAAAAAGAAUUAUUAAGUAAACCGAGGCCAUGACAAAUGUAAAAGUUUCAAACAUUUUCUUUUUUUUUUUUUCCUCUUUAUCUUUUUUUUUUGUUAAGUGUCCUUGUGUACCUUCCUCCAGCCCCUCGAUCUUAUAUUAAAAAUGUGUUUUUGUCUUGGUAUUUACUCGCCAACAUCACACACUUUCGCCCUCUAUCUCGAUUUUUUUUCUGAUUUUUUUUUUUCGAUGGUUAUUAAGAAGCAAGCAAAAACAAAAAAAAAAGG